ACCCGUGCAUUUCAGCUUACUUCUUCUCCUCAUCCAUUGCCACCACCACCUCCGCCACCUCCAGCCCAUGCCACCAUUCCACUCCAGGGUCGUCAUCCUUCCACAUUGGUAGCCGUCCUCACCAGUCGCUCCUUCACAGUCGGGCCGCCGGACGACCACCACCGUGACGCCGUACGCCACCACCGUCCACCAUCAUAGCACUAGUCAUGGCUGCCCUUUCAUCUCGUCUUCAUCUUAGGGCUCCAAAAACAUAGGUGGGUUUCCCUUUUCGAUCAGGCAUUAGUGUCCUCCUUCCUCCGAAAAAACAAUUUCUAACUUGUCUCAAAAAAUGAAAGAUCCCCCUCCCCUCAAAAGUCUUCCUUUCUUUCUUUCACACUCCCCUCUUGGUUUCCUUUUCCAUUGCCAAUCUCUCCUAAAAAUCUUCCUUCUCUUCUUCACAACCCACAAACACCAUAACCCAAGGCUGUCUCUCAUCUAAGCACCGUGUAUCUCCUCCAUAGAACUCGAUUGUUAUUUUUUUGUCUUUAACAAAAGAAAAACCCCAAAAUUUAGGUCAUAUUGGGUAGAGAAACGGUACUGCCGCACCCCAUAUGAUCAUAUUUCAUUCCAAUUGAAACUGGGGAAAAAUGGAGGCGGUGCUCAGUUUCCCUACCUCCACUUUCACUUGAAACCAUCAACCCAACAAGUGGAUUUGUCCAAAAUGUUUCAAGAUUUAUUAGAUUUUUUUUUUUUUACAGACAUUGUGAUAUAACUGGAGUAUGUUGAUUGUUGAUUCAUCCUUAUCAGAGGAAGAUGGUCUGGUGGUUAUUGUUGGGCAGAGCAGGAGUUUCUGGUUUCCUAUAUGUACAUCAGAGAGGAUCCAUUUACCAGCAGAAAUUUAGUCUCGUGAAUGUGAAGUUGAAAUGGGUGAAAGAUAGGGCAUUGGAUGCUGUUGUGGCUGGUGAGAGAAAUCUCAGAGCAACCUGCACUCUUGUUUCCAUCAUCUCAUCUGAUCCCCAUGGUGGCUUUCCCAUAUACUGCCUCUCUCGCCAUCGAGGGCAACUUGGCCUCCCUCAUGAUAUUAAGCUUGCCACCUUUAUCAGGAGAUUCCCAAAUAUUUUUGAUGAAUUUCAUGUACUUGACAGUGGAGGCACUCGUGUUCCAUGGUUCCGCUUGACUCCAGAAGCCCUGAAUCUCCACCAAGAAGCACUCAAUGCUCUCCAGCAGAAUGAGAUGGAUCUCCUCAAUAGGCUUAGGAAACUCCUCAUGCUCACCAGUGAGAGGAUCCUUCCUUUACAAACCAUUGACCAGCUGAAAUGGGACUUGGGUUUGCCGUAUGACUACUGUCAUUCUUUGGUACCGCGUUAUCCAGAGUUGUUCUCUAUGGUCUGCCUCCCUGACGAUCGGGUUGGCUUGAAACUUAUAUCGUGGGAUGAUCACCUUGCUGUGUCCCAAUUGCAAAAGAAUGCUCCUUUUAACCAAAAGGAAGAAGAUGUGAGAAAGGGAUGCUUAGCCUUUCCAAUUGGAUUCACAAGGGGUUUUGGAUUGAAGAGGAAAUGCAUGAAGUGGUUAGAAGAGUGGCAGAGGCUCCCUUAUACUUCUCCUUACUCUGAUGCCUCCCAUUUGGAUCCUCGUACUGAUGCAUCUGAAAAGAGAAUUGUUGGAGUCUUUCAUGAACUUCUUCACCUCACCUUACAAAAGAAAACUGAGCGCAAGAAUGUGAGUAACCUCCGUAAACCACUUUCUUGCCCCCAGAAGUUCACCAAGGUGUUUGAGCGCCAUCCUGGUAUUUUCUAUAUUUCUAAAAAGUGUGACACCCAGACCGUUGUUCUUAGGGAAGCCUAUGACCGACAGCAACUUCUGCAGAAACACCCUGUUGUAGAAAUCAGGGAAAGAUUCACAAACAUGAUGGAAAAAGGACUUCUUGAGAGGAGCAGGGGGUUGUAUAGAAGAAGUGGAAUUAAUGGUUUAGAAGUGGAUCCAUCAGAAAAUGUUUAUGAUGAUGAGUUGUAUGAUGAUGGACGUAAAUCUGAAAGCGAGUCAGAUUGUAAUUUGCUCUCUGAAUAUGAUUCAGAUGAAACCAUGCAUGGCCCUUGUUGAAUUCAGCUAACACCAUUAGCCCUGAAUAUGUGAGGUUUUCCCAUUGAGGACAUCGAGUGCAUCAUGAUUACUGGCCAAACCUUAUCCAGUUUUUAACAUUGAGGAUUGCUGCAAUAUGUCGGCAAGUAUCAAUUCUAAUGCAGUGCCUUGCUAAAGGUUGUGAAUAUGUGCUGAUUGGUUUUCUAUCCUUUGGAAUUAACUCGACCAAGUUAAAUGGCAGAUAUUCUUUAUAUCAAGUUAGAAGUUAUCAUACUUACCAUUUGAUUCCUUCUUCGAUUGAUGCAUGGGUGAAGAAUGCAACAGAUUUGAUAGUGUUGGCUAUUGUCUGUAAAAGAGGUUAGCUGCUGCAAAGAUGUGGAAGAAGGGCAAGAGGAUAAGAGAACUUCACUGAGAUGCUUUUGGGCCCCUGCAGGCAUGCAGAAGUGCUACCACAGAUUUAGGCACUUGAGUAGACUAUUUGAGCCCAACCUCGACAAAGGAUUGGCUACUGUAAAAUCACUGUAUCAUAAAAUCUGAUAGAAAAUAAUUUAAUGGCAUUAAUGUUCACAUCUUUGGGCAGAAAAUAUGGAUGUCUCUGACAUGCUUGUCAUGUGCAUUUUUUUUUAA